GACAAUAUAGGCAGCGGCCAGGCUGGCAAGAUAAAGUUACACAAAGUCACCAAUAGGGGUCUCUCGCAUCUCACAGUACGUCGAAAUGAUUCACGCUUGUACGAGGAAUAUAUUUAGUGCCGAGUCUGACAUGACCAAGGUGCCUUAUUGUGUAUACCAGUCACUUGAUGAUGGCCAAAUUAGCCCCUCUGCUCCUGCCUAUAGUCCACCUUUUAAUAAAAGUCACUCUCGAACUGUAACACCACAAUGUUAUAUUUUCCGGUCCAAGAAGACUUGUCCUACCUAAUUAUUCUGUGCACAGAUUAUGACAUAUAAAUAAGCCUGCCAUCGAUGUUUUGACCACAGUGCAAGAGUUUCUGGGUCAUACAUAGAUCACGCUAACGGACUGAUUCCAAGGUUUAUCACUGGUUCCAAGGUUUCACUGAUUCCAAGCUUUAUCAACUACCGUCCAAAACUGUGCAACCCAUGUCAUGAGUGGCGUCGACAGUCCAGAGAUGGUGCCAAAGGUGUGUGUGGUUGGUGCAGGUAUCAUGGGCCUCUCCACCGCACUACAGAUAGCGGAGACCAUUCCUGGGGUGGAGGUCACAAUCUUGGCUGAGGACUACCCUCCAAACAUUUCUAGCAGUGCAGCGGGAGGGUACAUCGUCAUGGCUUACUUCAUGAAGGAAGAUAUACCAAAAGAUUAUGAGGCAAACAGUGCUCGAAAGAAGGCUACAUUUGAUCACUGCCAGAGGCUUUUCUUCUCUAAGGAGGUGGCAGAGACUGGUGUCCAGUUAGUCAACCUCUAUCGGAUAGCCAAGACAGAGGAAAAGGAAGAAGAUAAACCGGUGGACUGUGAUAACUACCUUGGAUUUCGUCCGAUGACGCAAAAUGAAAUGAAAAUGUUCCCAGCGCACAGGAGAGGCUAUUCGUACCGGACGUAUGUUAUAAAUCAAAGCAUAUAUCUCCCCUGGUUGAUGAAAAAGGUUCGGGAAUUGGGAGUUCGGAUGGUUAAAAGAAAACUGAAAUAUUUAGGCGAGGUGGCGAAUGACUUCGACAUCAUCGUCAAUUGUUCAGGUGCCGCUGCACGUGACCUUGUAAAUGAUAACGAGAUUACGAUGAUCAGAGGUCAUAAUCUAAAGGUCAAGGCGCCAUGGUUGAAGAUUGCUUUGUUCGAUGAGAACACCCACUUGAUUGUUCUGCCAAUAAAUGACCACGUCAUCCUCGGAACAACAUGGCAUCCAAAUGACCUUGACCCAGAACCAAGGUUAGCAGACAGGAAACACAUCCUGAAUAUUUGCAGUAGCGUAUUCCCGGCGAUGAAGGAUGUUGAGGUCGUUGGCGAGAUGGUUGGUUGGAGGCCGGUCAGGGCGUCUCUGGAGAGAGUUGAGAAGGAGGAGAUGGAAAAUGGGGGCAAGAGAUUCACGGUUGUUCACAAUUAUGGCCAUGGUAAAGAGGGCAUCACUUUACAUUGGGGUUCUGCCAUCGACGCGGCAAAUCUCGUGCGGGAGAGCUUACAGACAAUGAAGCCUACCCUCGCGAAACUAUGACGAUGCUGUCCUUAUACAUGCUCGGAGAUAGUCGGGCCAACAGUACUCUGCUGCGCGAAGGUCGCUGACACUUUGAUAGGUAUUCGCAAGAAAAAUCGAUUGAUUGAAAUUUCCUACCUGAUCGGAUGCUGUUUCCCGCGUUUUCUUUAUCGCUUCUCUAAAGCCUCGAAAUAACCCCAAAAUAAAGUAUCAACGGGAAGAUAUUUUCACAGUGUCUGUUAUAAUCGCAAUAUACAAGAGCUUUCAAAACUUACUCCCAAAACUACGAGAGCCCAGAAGAGAUUCGAAAGUCGAAAUUCGAAACUCUCGACUUCGAAAUUCAAAACUCGACUUCGAAAUUUGACUUCGAAAUUCAAAACUCUCGACUUCGAAAUUCAAAACUUGACUUCGAAAUUCAAAGCUCUCGACCUCGAAAUUCAAAACUCGACUUCGAAAUUCAAAACUUAAAAUUGACCAAUGGCAAACCGUCUUACAACACAAGAAUUAAUUGGCUGGCCAAUCAUAUCACUUCAGCAUGAUACACUUUAAACGCCGCCUUAGUAACUCAUUAUGUAUGUAUUGUAUGCCCUGGGCCUGGGGCAUACAAAUGAUUCAACCUGAUUCACAUUAAAGGGAAUCUAUGAGCGGCUGCCAGCUAGGCGAAAUUAAGCUGCACUAAAUCGCCAAUAGGGUUCUCUCCUAUCUCAUAGUAUAUCGAAACUGUUCUGGUAUGCGCCAGGAAAAUAUCGGUGAAUGAAACAAGACCCAGACCCCUGAAUGCAUGAAGUCCCACUUUUAUUCCCAGCCCCUUCCGAUAGUAAAUGUUUUGGCACUUGCAAUUCGAUAGAGUGUGUUCAAUAGUCAUGACAAAUGCACAUUUUUGCUUAGGAUAUUUAUGUCAUUUUAAAAAAUCUCUUCCAUAACCCUUGAUAAAGACCCCCAAUCUUUCAUAUGAGCUGAGUUAGCCAUAAAGACCCUGACUGACUGCAUUGCUGACUAUGAGGGGUGUUCUCAAAAGGUCACCAGCUGUCUGAAAAAAACAAUCACCUGUAGCGCGCAAAAACUAAUCUUCAAAAUGAACAAUUAAGCAGGAAUUUUCUAGUAAUGAAAGCAACAACAAAAUUGUUGCAUCAUAGUUCACACAUACAUUGUGAAAAAGAACGAAAAUAAAAAAGAAUAAAAAAGUGACUUUUUGGACAUUUUUUAAAUAGCCUGUUACAUAAUGAAGAGACAGGAUAAGCUGGGUCCAAAUACAACAGAUACAUGACCAACUAGAUAUACCAUUCUCUGCUGAAACUCGCAUUUACUUAUCUUAUUCUAUCUCUGUGAUAUUAAAAAAUAUAAAAAAAAACCUGUGGACAUUUACUGUACAGUCAUGUACAUAGUGCACAUAGUAACAUACAAUAAUAACAAAAUUACACACACGAAGACCAUUGGUCAUUGGUCAAUUUCAAGUUUCGAAUUUCGUAGUCAAGUUUUGAAUUUCGAAGUCGAGUUUUGAAUUUCGAAUUUCGAAUCUCGAUAUGAGCCUUCUGGGCUUUCGUACAAAAUAGAACGUGAUGUGCCGGGGUGAUGCGGCUUCCAGGUCCGGUUGUUUAGAACGACUCGUGUUGCAGUCGAAAAUCGAAAGUCGAAAGUGCCCCCUCCCCGGAAAAUUGUCCAGGCGGCCCUUAUUAUAUUGAUUAUGGGAUAUGGUUCUAUACGGCAUUCAGUCCUGCAUACUGAACUUCAAGCGGUAAUGCCUCCGUUACCUCCGCCCGCGUUGUCUGUAAAGCUUAGCAAUGUCAGUACGUGUACAUUGAGGGUCAAGAUACCAGUCCUGAGGACGGGCGUUCACUUUUAACGGCUUAUGAUGAAAGACGCCCGGACGCCUCAUUACGCCCGACGCCCACGCCCGGCCCACCACGCCGAGAUCUGUUGACUACCUUUACCAAAAGGAUGCUAAUUGUUAUUUGAUUGUUAGUAUGGACAAGCAGAUUUAAUUCAAUAAAAUAUUCUAUGUUUGAAAAUAGA